GCAAGCGCACACGAGGUGUCUGAAUGAAACGGAGACCAUUUCCUUUUCACGGCCCUGUGCGAACUCAAACGAGAAAGCUCUGCGGAAACUGUGCUUUGAUUUACUUUAUUUAACCCGGUUAAACUGGAUGUUGACUAGAACAGACAUCGCCUGCGUUCAUUGCCGCAGUAUAUCGUGAAGGUGCGGGGAGGGUAUUUUGCCAAGAGGAUAUCUAAUGAAGGCUCCUGAGCGGCCGAGACAGCGGUCAUUCUGACGAAGAUGGUCAGUGACAUGACCUUUUUGCUGCCCCUUGCACCAGAAACAUGGUUCUGCAGAACUAGCCUGAGCAGAACCAAGGUCAGCACACACCAGCUCUGAUGGUACCAGCUCAACUGUGACGUCUGAGAGAAGACCCUCUACCCCACACCCUCACCAUGUCUGGGAUCCAGGCAGCCUGGCCACCCGGCACAGAGUGUGUGGCCAAAUAUAACUUCCAGGGCACCACGGGUCAGGACCUGCCCUUCUUCAAGGGAGACGUGCUCACCAUCAUCGGUGUCACCAAGGACCCAAACUGGUACAAGGCUAAGAACCAGGUGGGCAGAGAGGGCACCAUCCCCGCCAACUACGUCCAGAAGAGAGAGGGGGUCAAAUCAGGGGGCAAGCUCAGUCUCAUGCCAUGGUUCCACGGGAAGAUCUCUCGGGAGAUGGCGGAGCGUCUGCUGUACCCGCCCGAGACGGGCCUUUACCUGGUGCGCGAGAGCACCAACUACCCCGGCGACUACACGCUCUGCGUCAGCUGCGACGGCAAGGUGGAGCACUACCGCAUCAUCUACCACAACGGCAAGCUCAGCAUCGACGAGGAGGAGUUCUUUGAGAACCUCAUGCAGCUGGUGGAGCACUACACCAAAGAUGCCGAUGGCCUGUGCACCAGACUCAUCAAGCCAAAGCUGAUGGAGGGAACGGUGGCGGCCCAGGACGAGUUCUCCAGGAGCGGGUGGGCUCUAAACAGAAAAGAGUUGAAGCUCAUCCAGUCCAUUGGAAAAGGGGAGUUUGGCGAUGUGAUGGUGGGAGACUACAGGGGGACCAAGGUGGCCGUGAAAUGCAUCAAAAACGACGCCACAGCUCAGGCCUUCAUUGCAGAGGCCUCAGUCAUGACGCAACUGAGACACACUAACCUUGUGCAGCUGCUGGGUGUGAUCGUAGAGGAGCGAGGAAGCCUCUACAUAGUCACCGAGUACAUGGCCAAGGGGAGUCUUGUGGACUACCUACGCUCCCGAGGCAGAACAGUGCUGGGUGGAGAGUGCCUACUCAAAUUCUCACUUGACGUGUGUGAAGCAAUGGAGUACCUGGAGGCCAAUAACUUUGUGCACAGAGACCUGGCAGCCAGGAACGUUCUGGUCUCAGAAGACAACAUCGCCAAGGUGAGCGACUUCGGCCUGACCAAGGAGGCGUCAUCCACGCAGGACACUGCUAAGCUCCCCGUCAAGUGGACAUCUCCCGAAGCCCUCAGAGAGAAGAGGUUUUCCACUAAGUCGGACGUGUGGAGCUACGGCAUCCUGCUUUGGGAGAUCUACUCUUUUGGCCGUGUGCCUUACCCCAGAAUUCCAUUAAAGGAGGUGGUUCCGCGGGUAGAGAAGGGCUAUAAGAUGGACUGCCCCGACGGCUGUCCGCCAGUGGUGUACGACCUGAUGAAGCAGUGCUGGACUCUGGACUCGGUGGUGCGGCCCUCCUUCCGCAUGCUACGCGAGAAGCUGCAGCACAUCAAGUCCAAGGAGCUCUACCUGUGAGCCAACCAGAGAGAGAGAGAGAGAGGCGGAGAAAUGAAGGAAAGAGAGAGAGGGCGGGAGCGAGCAAUGAAGAGGGAGCACUGAACCUGGAGAGAGGGAGGAGAAGAAAGAGAACCAAGAAAGGAGGAGAGCGGAGCUGGGACUUGCCUUCCUCACUCGCUCAAACCAUGGACCACAACCUAAAACCCGCACUCGUUUUGAUUUCGUUUGUUUUUGUUUUGCUUUCCUUUUGUUUUGUUUUUUUGAAAAUGUGUCUUUUAUUCUGGACGGUCUAGCUCUCCUCCAUAAUGAGAAAGGAACACCCCACUCUCUGUUCCUUGUUUGUGUGCGUGAGUGUGUGUUGAGUGUGUGCGUGCAUGCAUUCAUGCAUUCAAGCGUGUGCGUUGUGCGUUGCUUAAACCAGACUGCCCUCUCCACAUAUAUUUUUUCCCCUCUCUCUCUCCCUCUCCUCUGUCUCCUGUCUCUCUCCAUCUCUGUCUAUUUGAUCUCUCUUUUUACAGCCUUUCGUUGUCUCUCCUGCUUCUCUCACUGCGGACGUGACAGUGAUGGGAGUGAGGCUGGCCUUUUUCCCACACACCUGUCAGGUGCUUCAUCCCUCUCUCCCACUCUCUUUUUCCCUCGCUCCUCUCCUCUCAUCCCAUCUUCCUCUAAGGGCAUUCCCUUACUACCCCCCCUUGCCACCCCCCCCCCCCCUCUAUUGUGUGGCGCUGGUUCCAGCUGCAUGCUUCCUCCUCUUUGUUGUGUAUGUGUGUGUGUGUGAUCAGGGGAGGGCUUCACUCUGUGCCAAAGUGCCUCCAGAUUACAGAGCUCCAGCCUCCAUCUCCCUGACCAUCAACCUUGACCCUGUGACCUUCAACCUUGACCCCCACCCCAAUUCCCAACCCCGCCCUCCACGUCACACAGACUGUUCUGUAUUUGUUUUUUUAUUUGUUUUUUUAUUAAUCUGUUUGUUUGUUGUACUGAUUUUAUCUUUUUUUACUCUUCUCGUUAAUUGUCUGUUUUUGUUUUGUUUUGUUUUUUUGCUUAGUGCCGUUGACUCACCUGAUUGGUACUGAACAUGUCAUGUCUGUCUAUCUCUGCAGACCGGAAAAUAACUCUCUCACACACACACACACACUUGGUGCAGAAUCACACUCCUACAUCUACACCAGUGUUAAACACAACUGUUAACUGACUUGUACAAUAUUCACACACAAUAGAGACAUUAAAUGACACACACAAACAUGCACGCACGUACACACAAGUACACACAGACAUUGCAACACAUCUUACACCAGACUUUGUCUCUCUGUGGCGACAUGAUGCACAGUACCCAUCAGGAGGGUGGGGAGGCAGCCCUGAGGAACGGUUUAAAAACUUCAUCUGUACGUGGGUUUGUUUUAUAUUAAAAUAUAUUUAAAGGAUUAAAAAAACAUAAUGGAGUGGAGGAAAGAAAGGAAGAAGACAAAAGAAAGCAUCUGCACUGAGAAGCGACUCAAGAUCCUGAAAUGAAGGAGGAGCAGGAAAAGUGUGUGUGUGGGUGUGUGUGUGUGUGUGUGUGUGUGGGUGGGUGGGUGUGUGUGUGUGUGUGUGCAAAAACCCUCGCCAGGCAAGAGCUGCAUGCUGGCUGUGUGAGGCCUUGGUUUAAAACUGUCAGUGCUUUCUGUGUCUCAUCCGUUUAUUAUGCUGCCAUGGUUACCAAUAAAUCAUUCCAUCUGA